CUCCUAUAAAUUUGACGCCAUUUUUUGACGCUAGCAGAAAGCCGGUACAAAUUUGUUUUGGAUAAUUGUUAUUUUAUUCAUUUUGGAUAUAUAUUCUAAAAAAUGUCUGAAAAAGAACUAUCAGCAGCAGAAGCAGAAUUAUAUGACCGACAAAUCCGUUUGUGGGGUAUCGAAUCUCAAUCACGAUUAAGGGCCGCCAAUGUGCUUUUGAUUGGAAUAAGAGGCUUAGGAUCGGAAAUAGCCAAGAACAUCCUACUGUCUGGCAUCAAUUCACUUACCAUCUUAGACGAAGGAGUGGUCACCGAAAACGAGUUACUACAAAACUUUCUCUUAAACAGAGACAGUAUUGGGCAAAAGAUUGCUGAAGCAGUAUUAUCCAAAGCGCAAGCUUUGAAUCCCCUAGUAAAAAUUACAACUGAUACAUCACCUUUAAGCGAGAAGACUAGUGCAUUUUACAAAGACUUUACCAUAAUUGUUGCGACCGGCUUAACCACUAAGCAGCUUAUCGAAAUAGAUUCUAUUUGCAGAGACUUCAACGUUCAGUUCAUUUGUGGCGAUGUAUUUGGAAUGUUUGGCUAUUCUCUCUCUGAUUUCCAAAUGCACGAGUAUUAUGUAGACCAAAUUCGAUUACCGAACAGAAAACGUGCCCAUGACGGAAAAGCCUCCACUUCAAGUGAAGUUAUAACGGAAAAGAUACAGGCGAAAUUGAAUUACCCGAGUAUUAACGAUGCCUUGCUAAAUGCAGAUUCUUCUGCUAAAGGAAGACGUAAACGUGGACUACAGCUUUAUUACUUGAUGAAAUUGCUAAUACAAUUUCGUGACAAAAACGGUAGAAACCCAUCGGUUAGUAGUAAAGAUGACGAUCUCGCACAGAUGAAAGCAAUACGCAAUGAAUAUUUACAAGACUAUCAAAUUAAGGAGGAAAACUUUAAAGCAGACGUUCUCAAUUUGGUGUUUGGUGAAAUUACACCAAUCUGUUCAAUUGUCGGAGGUGUUGUCGCCCAGGAGGUUAUCAAAGCUGUGUCUCAUAAAGAAGCACCAAUUCACAACAUCUUUCUUUUGAAUCCUUACACUUUUAGCGGAAAAGAAGAAAUGGUAGGAGCAUAAACAAUUGAUGUAUUUUGUAUAGUGAACAUUUUCUAAGAAAAUAAAUUUUUCAGUCAUGU